AUGCCAGCGGACAAACAGAUCCAGGGUGACGACGCGUUCUCCACGUUUUUCAGCGAAACUGGAGCCGGCAAGCACGUGCCUAGGUGUCUGUUUGUAGAUCUAGAACCUACAGUGGUUGACGAGGUGCGUACAGGAACCUACCGUCACCUAUUCCACCCUGAGCAACUUAUCACCGGGAAGGAAGAUGCAGCCAACAACUUCGCACGUGGUCACUACACCGUCGGCAAGGACAUUGUGGAUUCAUGCCUUGAUCGUAUCCGUAAACUGGCGGACAACUGCACGGGGCUUCAGGGGUUCCUCAUGUUCAACGCGGUCGGAGGAGGCACUGGAUCCGGUUUAGGGUGCCUGAUGCUGGAGCGGCUUUCGGUCGACUACGGUAAAAAGAGCAAGCUUAACUUCUGCUGCUGGCCAUCUCCACGUGUAUCCACGGCUGUUGUGGAACCCUACAACUCCGUCCUCUCGACGCACUCCCUGCUUGAGCACACCGAUGUUGCCGUCAUGCUCGACAACGAGGCCAUCUACGACAUCUGCAAGAGGAACCUAGAUAUCGGAAGACCCACCUACACCAACCUCAACAGGCUGAUUGCGCAGGUUAUUUCAUCGCUAACGGCGUCUCUGCGAUUCGACGGAGCGCUCAACGUCGACGUCACCGAGUUCCAGACCAACCUGGUGCCGUACCCCAGGAUCCACUUCAUGCUUUCGUCAUACGCGCCCGUAAUCAGCGCCGAAAAGGCAUACCACGAGCAGCUCUCUGUGGCUGAAAUCACGAACUCCGCCUUUGAGCCCGCGAACAUGAUGGCCAAGUGCGACCCUCGCCACGGCAAGUACAUGGCUUCGUGCAUCCUCUACAGAGGAGACGUUGUGCCCAAGGAUGUCAAUGCAGCUGUUGCCGCUAUCAAAACGAAGAGAACUAUCCAGUUUGUUGACUGGUGCCCUACCGGCUUCAAGGUCGGAAUCAACUACCAGCCGCCUACGGUGGUACCAGGCGGCGAUCUCGCCAAGGUCAUGCGGGCCGUCUGCAUGAUAUCGAACUCCACUGCUAUCGCCGAGGUUUUCAGCCGCAUGGACCACAAAUUCGAUCUCAUGUACGCCAAGCGUGCUUUCGUGCACUGGUACGUGGGCGAAGGUAUGGAGGAGGGCGAAUUCAGCGAGGCACGUGAGGACCUCGCGGCGCUCGAGAAGGAUUAUGAGGAAGUAGGCCUCGACACCACGUACAACGAGGAUGGAGAGAACUACUGA